GCCCGUUUUCCUCCAGAAUAGGCGCAAACUCUACAAUGACAAGACGCAGACCUCCUUCCGCCUGAGACCCGCGCCGAGUCGAGAGCAAGGUGUCUACUCGAAGCCUGUAGGAAGCCCAGCACAGACACUGCCCACGCCACGCCUCGCCAUUGUUGUUGAGUGUGCGGCAAGAAACGCCUUGCACUUCCUGGUGUUGGGCAUUUAUUCAUCACAUGCCAGGGUACGAGAAAAAAAUGGAUUUCACUAUUUAACCCACCCGCCAUCUCAGACUCGCCCACCAUUGUCAAGCUCGACCAAUAAGCGAGCGAGUCUCCUUCCUCCCACGGCGCACGUCAACAACACGCCGCCGGAACCUCCAUCUGGACUUCACUUUAGCGGGAAAAACCUGCCAAAAUGUACAGCGAAUUCGUGGACGAGUACGAGAGCUACCCGCUGGAGGAUGCUGAGAACUACCACUACACGGUGCGAGGGGAGGGGGAUUACGGGGAGCGCGGCCAUUACCCCACCUACUCCAUCCCUGAGGAGGUGAAGAAGUACAUCACCUACUUCAGGGACGCAAUCAGGGACGGCAACAUCUAUGACAUCCCCUCCCUCUAUGUGGACUUCAACCGGCUGACAGAGGAGUACUACAAGACACAGUCGUGGCCGGAGGUGGAGGACCUUUACGGCAACAAGCUGGUGGAGCAGGACGGCAGGGACGACAUCUUCCUCAUCCUGUACCGGGAACUUUACUACAGACACAUCUAUGCCAGGGUGCAGGGCGGCCCCACCAUCCCCCAGCGCUUCGAGUCUUACUACAACUACUGCAACCUCUUCAACUACAUUCUCAGUGCUGAGACCCCCGUGCCCCUGGAGCUGCCUAAUCAGUGGCUGUGGGAGAUCAUCGAUGAGUUUAUAUAUCAGUUCCAGUCGUUCUCGCAGUUCCGGUCUAAACUGGGAAAGAAAAGUGAGCCGGAGAUUGAGCUGCUGAAGGAUUCCCCAAAGAUCUGGAAUGUUCACUCUGUUCUCAAUGUUCUGCACUGCCUGGUGGACAAGAGCAACAUCAACAGGCAGCUUGAGGUGUACACAAGUGGAGGCGACCCAGACAGCGUGGCAGGGGAGUUUGGCAGACACCCGCUGUACAAGAUGUUGGGCUAUUUUUCUCUCAUUGGGCUGCUGCGUCUUCACUCCCUCCUGGGCGACUAUUACCAGGCUAUCAAGGUACUAGAAAACAUUGAGCUGAACAAGAAGUCGAUGUACUCUCGUGUGCCGGCCUGUCAGAUCACCACUUAUUAUUACGUUGGGUUUGCGUACAUGAUGAUGAGGAGGUACGCUGAUGCCAUCCGUACCUUUUCCAACAUCCUGGUGUACAUCCAGCGCACCAAGGCCAUGUUCCAGACGCGCAACUACCAGAACGACCAGAUCAAUAAGCAGACAGAACAGAUGUACACCCUGCUGGCGAUCUGCAUGGUGCUGCACCCCCAGAGGAUUGAUGAAGUGGUACAGUCCUCCCUACGAGAGAAAACGCUGGCCGAGAAGAUGGCACGGAUGUCGCGCAACGACACGCAGGAGUUUACGCAGUGCUUCACCUUUGCCUGCCCGAAGUUCCUCAGCCCUGUGCCUCCGCCCUUCGACUCGGCACCUGCCAAUUACCACAAGGAGCCGUUCCAGCAGCAGCUCAAGGUGUUCCUUGACGAGGUGCAGCAACAGCAACAGAUCAGCGUGAUGCGUUCAUACCUCAAGCUGUACACCACAAUGCCGACUGAGAAGAUGGCUGCCUUCCAGGAAAUGAGUGAGGACGAUUUCCGAAAUGCCCUUCUUUGUUUCAAGCACAAGAUGAGAAACAUGGUGUGGACCAAGGGCACCUCCGGCCUGCAGGGGGACUUCCAGAGCGACUCAGAGGUGGACUUCUUCAUUGACGGCAGCAUGAUCCACAUUGCGGAUACCAAGGUGGCUCAGCGGUAUGGUGACUUCUUCAUCCGCCAAAUCCACAAGCUGGAGGAGGUGAACCGCAGCCUCACCAAGGUCAAAGUGUAGGGUGGGGGGGGGUGCUGGUGGUGGUGGUUGUAUUUGAAAAUGUCCUUUUUUAUUUAUCUUUUUUAUUUAUUUUUAUUUUAGUUCAUUUUUUAUUUGUAGUUUGGAAGUGUCAGAAUUUUUAUCUUCCAAUUUAUUCGGUAUUAACUGGAAAUUUUUCAGAUCUUAUUCUACGUAAUUAAUAAGUUUGGAGAUUAUGAUCAGAUUUUGGUAAUAUAACUUUCAUUUGUUUUUCUUACAAGUUUUGAGUAUAUUGUCAUUAUUGUUAUAUUUUUGAGGCAGUUUUCCAGACUUUAUUCAAUACUUUCUAUUAACAAAUACUUUCAUUCAGUACUUUCCAUCUCAACACAAAUUUAUUUUCUUUCUCUACACACCAAGUUAUUUUCUCAUCUUUCAACAUGCAAGUUAUUUUUUCUCUACACACCAAGUUAUUUUCUCAUCUUUCAACAUGCAAGUUAUUUUUUCUCUACACACCAAGUUAUUUUCUCUUAUCUUUCAUUAUACAAGUUAUAUUUUCUAGUUAUUUUCUCUUAUCUUUCAUUAUACAAGUUAUAUUUUCUAUCUCCAUCUCAACAAUCUUAAAUACACAACAUAACAACCCGUGAACGAGGAGGAAAGAUUGUAUGUAACUUGCACCACCUCUUGACAUGACCUGUUUUGUACCCUGAAGGUCAACACUGCCUUGCUGACCACAUGAAUAAAAGUAACAGGUACA